AUGGACACCGCUGCUGAAAUGUACGCAAUGAGGGAAAAGAGUCAAGCAAAUAAGAAUGAUGGAGAUAUGGCGGAAACCACCCUGGGAAGAAAAUGUCCCUUCGCUCCGAGUGAUAUUUCGCCCUUCGUGGCGAUGGCAUUGCAGGAUCAUUCCGCAGUAUGGGAUAUUUCGGAUGUGAAGUCUCCACUGCGACGCGCACCCGCAAAACGGAAGCGAACUGAAAGCAUCGGGAAGGACAUGAAUUCAUCCGUUAAGAUGGAAAUGACAACAAAUACCGUGGCGACUAUGGCGUACCUCUUGCAGAGCGGUAGUCCACUGUAUGAUCCAGUGGAGAAGUUGUGGCGUUGUUGGAAUGGCCAUGAAUUAUGCAUCAAGAGAAUCUCUGAUUACAGUGGUGCAGAGGAGGUGACGUGCGAUUUCUGUGGGGUGACCCAUUGGUGUAAAAACAAGGAGGUGCGCGCCAAGCCUCAUAGGUUAAAGAAACUCCCCCCGGAGGGCCUUCUGCCUGCGGAGGCGGAACCGGUGGAUGAAACUUACCUUUAUAACUGUAGCGAAUGCGGUAUGGAUCUUUGCGCACACUGCGCAAGUGAAGUGUACCAAGACGAACGCUAUCACGUUCCCUGCAUGCAGUGUGUGCAGUGUAAGUUAUUCAUGCACGAUACUGACGGCAUGUUACAUCGUUGCCAAGUGAAACGUACCCGUGUAUCGCCAUCAGUACUCCACAAGUCCCCUACAUCUACUAGCGGUUGUGUGUCCUCUUCUAUACAAAUGGACUCUACGGGUUCCUGUGGUGUUUCUGUUGGUCGGGAGCAGUCGAUUACAACGCAGCUGCUGCCUAGUGAUGUGUGGGAGGUUUGUGUGGCAGCUAAAAACGCAGAGGAGGAGGUGCGGGCCCGCGCCCUCGCCACCACACUUUUCGUGAAGGAGACAUACGUGCCGGACACAGUAAAGCAAUUAACUUUCCGAAUGCCAACGAGACUGGCAGCAGAGGAGUUGGCACGGAGAGGAAGAGACGCCGGGUUGUGCGCAGCCGUUCGAAAAUCGUUUGUUUGA